ACUUGAAUACCCACAACUUCUCUCCUGCAAACAUGUGCGGAGGUGCUAUUAUUUCAGAUUUCGUCGCCGUGAAACGUAGCCGGCGAUUGAACGCCGAGGAUCUCUGGUCUGAGCUUGACACUUUCUCUGACUUUCUUGGCUUGGAUUAUCCUAAUAAUGGCAAUAAAGAAGUCCUGCCUUCCCACUUUGAUCUUGAACUCCCUCAAAAGCCGAACCAGCUCAACGAAGUGGAGAAGAUAACAGAGAAGGCAAGUCAUAGUCAAGGCGAUGUAAAGGAAGGGAACAAGACCAAGAGAACUCGAAAGAAUAUUUACAGGGGAAUAAGGCGAAGGCCAUGGGGAAAAUGGGCGGCUGAAAUCAGAGACCCGCACAAGGGCGUACGUGUUUGGCUUGGUACUUACAACACAGCUGAAGAAGCCGCUCGAGCCUACGAUGAAGCUGCCAAGCGUAUCCGUGGUGAAAAAGCCAAGCUUAAUUUUGGCCAGUCACCCCCAUUAGCCCCAGCUCUGGUACCUCCAUACAAGAAGCGUUGCUUGAUCAAUCCUGGCAUGGCCACUGCUAGCUACCAAAUGACCGCGCCACCGCCAGAACCGUACGCGAGUCUCGGUUACCAAAAAGAAAUGGCUAGUGAUUAUAAGCUGAAAGAGCAAAUAUCGAGCCUGGAAAUGUUUCUCGGUUUGGAGCCUGAAGAGAUGGCAGCUCAGCUGAGUUGUGAGGGGUUUAACUCGGUGGACCUAUGGAUGCUGGGUGACCUCGUCAGCCACCAUCAGAAUCAUGGCCUACUCCCCUAUUAAGUAUAUAAUUAAAUUACUAAAUCUAGUAAUUAGAUAUGGUGGUUGUGUUUAAUGUUUUAUAGUAUUUUAAUUAAUGCCCUUGUGCGUUUCUGUUUAGUAAGUUAUGCUUGAGCUGAGACUGAUUGCUUCUAUUAUUGGUUUUGAUAAUAUGCGUGCAUAUUAUGUCUUCAA